AACAUAUACUGCUCUCGAAAUCACAUUCUUCUGCUGUCCCUUCGUCGAUUGUCGUUUCCCUGAGGAGUUCCAAAAUCUCAGAUUCAGUGAUCUCCUCCAGGGAACUGUUAAUUUUGCUUUCAGUUUCUCCAAUGGCUUCCGACAGUUUCACCGACAAAACCGCCGUUUUCAGGAAGCUGAAAGCCAAAUCGGAGAAUAAGAUGUGUUUUGAUUGUAACGCGAGGAAUCCAACUUGGGCAUCCGUAACCUACGGGAUAUUUCUCUGUAUUGAUUGCUCUGCCACCCAUCGUAGCCUGGGUGUUCAUAUCAGCUUCGUUAGGUCAACCAAUUUGGAUUCAUGGACGCCAGAUCAGUUGAAGAUGAUGAGCUUUGGGGGCAACAAUCGUGCUCAGGUCUUCUUCAAACAGCAUGGGUGGACAGAUGGAGGGAAAAUUGAGGCCAAAUACACCUCUAGGGCUGCUGAGUUAUAUAAACAGUUGCUUUCAAAAGAAGUGGCCAAAAGUUCUGCGGAAGAUGCUAACUUGCCAUCAUCACCUGUUUCUGCCAAGAUAGUUGAAACUUUUGAUGGACCUUCUGAUUUCAAGGUCAUUGAAACCCCAAAAGAGAGCUCUUCAGCAAAACCUGAUACCAAUGGCUCUGCUCCAGUUAAAGCUCCUCCAUCAAUUCGUACAGCUUCUGUCAAGAAGCCCAUUGGUGGAAAAAAGACUGGAAAAACUGGGGGGCUUGGUGCAAGAAAGCUUAGCACCAAGACAAGUGAAAGCCUGUAUGAUCAAAAGCCUGAAGAACCAGUUGUACAAGUGUCCACCUCAGCAAGUACCAUAUCAUCAUCWACUACAACACCUCACAUCUCUCGCUUCGAGUAUGUUGAUAGUUCCCAAGCUGUGGAGACGGGUCCUGGAGGCAUGAAUACACUUAGUCAUGUUGCGCCUCCUAAGUCGUCCAGUUUCUUUGCAGAAUAUGGAAUGGACAGUGGUUUCUCGAAAAAAACUACUACAUCCAAAGUCCAGAUUCAGGAAACUGAUGAAGCAAGGAAGAAGUUCUCUAAUGCUAAAUCUAUUUCCUCGGCACAAUUUUUUGGGGACCAGAACAGAGACGACCUUGAUGGUCAAGUCUCCCUGCAAAAGUUUUCAGGCUCUGCAGCUAUUUCAAGUGCUGAUCUAUUUGGUCACGACUCGGAUUCUAACCUCGAUCUCAGUGCCAGCGACCUCAUCAACAGGCUGUCUUUCCAGGCACAACAGGAUAUGUCAUCCUUAAAGAAUAUAGCAGGAGAAACCGGAAAGAAGCUGAGCUCGAUAGCGUCGACUUUAAUGAACGAUUUCCAAGACAGAAUCCUGUGAUCUGGUUGAAAUUACUGAUAUACCCUUUCCAUAUAAAAAGAUGUUUUAUGUGUCGUGUAAAGAGGGCGGAAAUUCUCUCGCAUUCUAUCGUCGUGUUAUUUUCAUAGCCGGAAAAUGGUUUUAAUGUUUUGUGAUGUGUGUUUUUGGUGGUUUAAAGAUUUAGAGGUACAAAGUGUCAGCAGGUGGCAGGUGAGAUGGUAUGAGGCUAAAUUCUGCAGAAACAGGCUAUUAUAUGUAUUUACAUAUCUUUAAGACUAUAUAUCAUAUGAUAUUUUUCAUUGUUA